UAUACGUCGCUGUUCUUAACGCUAAUAGUACCUACCGACUACAACCAGUGUGCAAUUAUUUUCUUCGAGUGAAUUUAAAUUCACUAUAAAUAUUUAUAUAAAUUGAAAAUAGAAUCUUAAAGUGUUCCCAUACUGGGUUUUCCGCAUAUUCCUAUCGACGUGGUCUGUUGGCAAUAUGGAAACAAAGAAACAUUAUCUACAUUAGAUACUUUUAUUGCGUUGUGACAUAUAAAUUAGAAGCAGAUUUGAUUAAACAUGAAGAAAACAAGAGAAGCAGAGUUGGUGGUGAACGACGUGGUGGUGGCGAGCGUGGAGGUGCUGAACAGCCCUCAAUACGACGCCGUAGUGGUGCUGACCUCGCCCGACGUCGCGCUGCCCCAGCAGCUCGAGGAAUUCGUACUCGCCGCGCAGCAACUUGAUUCCUCGCUCGCGCAGGGCUCCUCGCCGGCGGUGCUGCGCUGCACGCUCGUCUCCAGCGGGCGGCUGGUGCUGUCGCCCAUCGGCUCGCUCACCGCCUACGACGACGUCAGGUCGGUGUACGAGGCGGCGCGCGCGGGCGUGCGGCGCGCGGCGGCGGCAGGCUCGCGGCGGCCCGUCCUCGUGCUGGCGCCGCACCCGCGCUGGCCCCGCGCCGAGCUGGUCGCGCUGCUCGGGGCGCUCGAGGCGCUCUACGUGCCGCUGCAGAUCCGCGAGUCGUUCCCGGAUCAGGUGAUCCAGCUGCAUCGACUGGGUAUAUACGGCGAGGCCGUGAGCGUGCCGCUGCAGCCGCUCAUCGACGAGGCGGUGGCGCUGGAGUUGGGCAGGGGGCUGACGCGGGACUUGACCGGCACGGACCCGGAGCGGAUGACGCCGGCGGCGACGGCGCAGCUGCUGCAGGAGGAGUUUGCCGGCAGCGCGGUGUCCGUGCGUGUGCUCGACGACGCUGAGACGAUACUGCGCGAGUACCCGCUGUUCUCGGCUGUGUCGCGCGCCGCUGAUACCGUCGAACGGCACAAAGGUUGCAUUAUAUUUUUGGAAUAUGUACCCAGCGAGUACGAGAGCACGGUGAUGCUAGUCGGCAAGGGCGUGACGUACGACACGGGCGGCGCCAACAUCAAGACAGGCGGCGGCAUGGUGGGCAUGUCGGGAGACAAGGCCGGCGCCGCCGCUGUCGCCGGGUUCCUCAAGGUGUGCGACCUGCUGCGGCCGCAGCUGAAGGUGGUGGCGGCGCUGGCGAUGGUGCGCAACUCGAUCGGCGAGGAGUGCUACGUGGCGGACGAGCUGCUGCGCAGCCGCACCGGGCUGUCGGUGCGCGUCGGCAACACGGACGCGGAGGGCCGCAUGAUCAUGGCGGACCUGCUGGCUGAGAUGCGCGAGCGCGCGGCCGACGAGCGGCAGCCGCACCUGUACACUGUGGCCACGCUCACGGGACACGCGUCGAAUACGUACGGCGCCGGGUACACGGCCGCGCUCGACAACCACGUGGCCGCCGCGGUGGGGCAUGCGCAGGCACUGAGCGACGCCGGCUUGACGCUGGCGGACACGGUGGAGGUGUCGACGGUGCGCCGCGAGGACCUCGCCGCGCACCGCGGCCGCGCGCUGGGCGACCAGCUGCAGCAGGUGGCCUCCCCGUCGUCCGUGGUGGGCGCGCGCGGCCACCAGGCGCCCACCGCCUUCCUGCUGCUCGUGUCCGGCCUGGAGCGCGGCAACGUGCCCUUCACGCACCUCGACAUCGCGGGCAGCGCCGGUCUGCUGCCCAAUCAGCCCACGACCGCCCCGCUGCUCUCGCUCGUUGCCCUCCACGGCCUCGUCAAGAGUAUAUAGACCCCCCCCCAGUGCACACAUACACGGCGAACCCUGACAGUACACAGGCGUUGAUAUUAUUCUUAUAAAUCAAAUAUUGUGAUA